AUGUUCAUCUUGAGCAUGGAGGAUGACAGAGACUGUUUUUCUGACCCAGCAUUGUUGAAGAUAGUUGACGCAGUUUGCUUGACCGACCGGGAGAGACACGAUCAGCAUGACCAUGACCUGUCGGAGGACCAGGACCUGCGUGACCUACCGGAGCAUAAUGGCCAGCUACUGGAGCACGUCAAUCAGGAGCAUGAUCAAAAUGACGAUCAUGAUCAUGAUCACGAUUUGCCGGAUCACCAGCACCAGCUGAAGCAAGAGCUGACUUACCCAGAUGGCGGGGAUACCGUGGGCGUACUGGAGGCGGUCCGACCGGAAAUUGAAAAUGGCGUCUUGGUUGAGGCCAACGAGCCAGUGUCUUUUGUCCUGACAACAAAGGACAACUCGUACACAAUCCAUCACACGCUGGAUUAUCAGUCUCCGCAUAUUAUUAUUCCCAGGGAUUAUUUGGAGCCAGGAUCUCCGUACUCUAGCCAUCAGGAGCCGAGAAAUUCAUUUGCCCACAAUUCACACUACGGGCAUGAGCUAGCCGUAGUAGGUGGCGGCGGAGGGGUGAUUCCCGAAGGAGGGGAUAGACGUCCGUCCGAGGUCUCGCUGGCAACAGAGGGAAGUAACCGAGUUAGUCAGAUGCCUCACUCGACGAUGCAUCGGUACGCCGAAUCGGUCUCUCAGUCAGCAGAGCACCAUCACCACCAAAGUUUGAGCGAGUCCGCGCUGACCCGGCACCUGGAGGACGGGCACCACCACCUCCACCACCACCACCAGCUCCAAGACACCGCCGAGCGGUUCAGCGGAAUAGCCGCGGCGAUGAGAGGCGUCAGGGGUGACUUCAACCUGGGAGGAAUGUUCCAGGGGUUAACCAGCCCCGGGUCGGCUCCUGGGUCCGUCGACGUGGCUGCAGGUCAGCACCUAGACGAUGUCCUCCCGGAGGACGCGUACCUCUCCCACAUCCGCGGCUCCAGCGGCGGAGUCUCGCCCAGCAACGUCAGGACCGGCAGCUCUCCAGGGUCCAGUCGCAGUCCCAGAGACGAGCAACCUCUCUCACCCCAGCACCGGCCCUCUUCCGCGCAUGUCAGCUCCCAAGACGACGGCUACAGUCCAAAUGAUCAUAGUCGGCUUCAGAAUUUCACACACUUGACCUCCAUGCAGCCGCCCGGGGUCCAUCAGUCCCUUCAGGAUUCCGAACGUGUUCAGGACUUGUACAUGGUCUCUAUUUAUAAUCACGGUGGCUCCGGUCAUCAUCAUGCUGAUCAUGAUCAGUCGAGUUCUCAUUCGCCUUCUGGGCCUCUUUCGAGGUAA